UAGAAGAAAUAGCUGUGUCUGUAACUUUGGCUCACAUGGCUCAAGUUGACAGCAAGUUGGCGCGCUGGAUUUUUACCACCAAUGUAAAAACUCGCAAUGAGCUACAACAACAGUUGCAGGCACACUCCUUCAUGAAGCGUAGCCUAGAAGACGAUGCAACUGGCUCGGAUCGCAAAAAGUUCAAAUCUCCGUCCCUGGUGAAAUGCAACUACUGCGGAAAGGUUGGGCAUAAAUAUGCCGAAUGUCGGGCACGUUUGCAGCAGGGCCAGAGUAAAGGCAAAACCUACAGUGGCACAAAUACGACGGGUGUGAAAGAUCGAUCUGGUGUCAAAUGCUUCAAAUGUGGCGAAAUUGGGCACUUUGCAUCCGCAUGUCCUAAAGUCCGAUCAGGUGGAUGCGAAAGAAUUUUUGAGAAGCGAGUGGAUAUCUGCGCAGUAGCUCCACCCUCUGGAACAAUAAAGGCAUCCGGUGAGUCUGUUCCAUUUUGUUUCGAUUCCGGUGCAGAAUGCUCACUGGUCAAGGAAAGUGUCGCCCAUAAAUUUAAAGGGAAAAGAGUUAAUAAUGUUGUAAAACUCAAUGGCAUAAGUAACGAUGCAAUUUAUAGCACUCAACAAGUUUUAUGUAAUAUAAAUAUUGAACAAUACUGUUUUGAGAUUUUGUUACACGUAAUUUUAGACAAGUAUUUGAAAUACGAUGUGUUAGUUGGUCGAGAGAUUCUUAGCCAAGGCUUUGGCGUGAUGAUAGACGCUGAUAAAUUUCAAAUUUAUAAAACGAAAAUGAUAGAUAAGGUGACUUUAACUGAUUACGAGGAUAUUAUAAGUUCUGAUACAGAUUUAGUUGAUUCCGAUAAAAUUGUCUUAACAAAUAUCUUAAAAUGCUACUCUGACUGGUUAUUAGUGGAAUACCAAAAACUCGAGUCUCGACAGGGCUGUUGGAAAUAAAGUUAAUAGAUCCACAAAAGACAG